AUGCGAGACUGGUUCUCUGCAGUUGACGAGAGUGUGAUUGCACUCCUCGAUGUGGAAGUGCCUGUUGAUUUAUCAAAUCGCAGCGGCUGCAUCCAAGCCUAUUAUUGGGCCCAUGGCCAGAAUACCUCGCGCCCUAAGAUGUUUGAAACCCAGCACAAAGUGAAAGCAGCGGCCAAGGGCAUCCGAGCGUUGCCAGUGAGAGACUGUAAGUCUGACUGCUCACCAGUGCUUCUGGCCGCCAUUGGGCAGCGCAACACUGGGCAACACUGGGCGGCGCUGGUGGUCAGCGGCUACGACGUCGCCAACUCUAUUUCGGUCGCUGCCGGGCCAAUGGUGGCAGCGCGGCAAUAG